CGUUCGGCAGAACCAUCUGUGCGGUCAUCAAAUGACUCUCUACGUCGCACCCUCUUGGUUCUGCCUCUUUUACCCUCACACGGAAGAUGAGUUCCACAUGAACUACAUGGAAUUCGCCAGAGAAACCGCCAACUACAAGUGUGAGAAGUGUUCGAUCCAAGAGGAGGCCGAUAAGCAAGAGCUACGCGGAGUGGCGCGCCAGGAGUUCCUGAAGACCACGUACGAUAAUAGCUCCGAGCUCUUCGCGAAGGAGACGGCGAAAGAUUGUAUCGCUAAGGCGAACAAGAGCCAACAGGGCCCUUUCACUCCGCAGAAGAUUGCCGAGCUCAACGAGCAUGCUAAGAGCCAGGUUAAGUACUACCUCUCGCGUCAAGGUAAGGCGGCACUUACACCGUGGAAGAAAGCUGCGCUUCUCAAGACCAUCGUCCAGGUUCCUGAGAUCAUCAAUCGUAAGGAAUUAGUCAAGACCUUUGGAGCUGCCAUGGCUACGAACUUAGAUGGCACACGUAAGGCCUUGAAGCACAGCGAAACUUCCUCCCUUAAGGGAAUCGCACAUCGGGCCGGAAUGGCGAAGACCCUAGAAGAGGGCUUCAAAAGCCUGAUCCCCGUGGAGAAGAAGUAA